AAAGAUAUUUCUGACUGUGAGCCACACAUCUAUCUUUUUCCACAAGAAUCGUCAAUCAUGGCUGUUGAAUUGUUGGAGACUCUGAAAGAAGCCAUAACCGCAUACACCGGACUCUCUCCUAAUGCUUUCUUCACUGUACUCGCUGCCGGUGUUGCCAUCUAUUAUGUCGUCUCCGUUUUGUUCGGAGGAUCCUCCGAUCAUCAACCACAACAUAGGCCCAGGUCUUUCGAAGAAGAAGUACAGCCUCUCCCGCCACCGGUUCAACUCGGCGAGAUUUCCGAGGAGGAGCUGAAAGCCUACGACGGCAACGAUCCCGAAAAGCCUCUUCUUAUGGCCAUCAAGGGUCAGAUCUACGAUGUCUCACAAAGCAGGAUGUUCUAUGGGCCAGGUGGGCCAUACGCACUGUUUGCAGGAAAAGAUGCUAGCAGAGCUCUUGCAAAAAUGUCAUUUGAAGAUAAAGAUUUGAAUGGUGAUCUCACCGGUCUUGGUGCAUUUGAGCUUGAUGCAUUGCAAGAUUGGGAAUAUAAGUUCAUGAGCAAGUAUGUUAAGGUUGGAUCCAUUAAGAACUCAGAAGCUCCACCCGCUGAGUCAACUGCAACUGACUCAGCAGCUGGACCCACUGAGUCAACUGUAGCAGAACCUGUACAUGUUUCAGAGCCCACAGAAGAAGAUAAAGAGGCUAAGGAAGUGAAAGAUGAGUGAAGUUUUUUUAUGAUGGGGGUGAGGUAGGGUUUGGGUGCUCUAUGAAUUUAUAGUUGUAACUUCUAUAAUUAAGUAUAGAUUAAUGACUUAAGAUGAUCCUACUUAUUCCAAAUUGGUUGUGUUUCAAUAAUGUGGAGUUUAUGAAGAAUCAUGGUCCUUCUAUGCUAAUUUCAAUCUUGGAUCAGUCUUAUA